AACGCUGUCUGCCGCACUUCGAAGCGACUUGGGAAAAGCCCGCUCUUCUUCACGAGGACAAGUUGCAACGAGACGAUGCGCUUCUGAGCGUUGCCAAAAAGCCGGCCAACUUUCUCGCGGUCGGUUUGUCUAUCGGUUUGCCUUGAUUGCCCUAUCGAGAGGGUUGUUUCCUGCUGCAGUAAACGGUAAGAGGUACCGCAGUCAGGUUGAAAUGCCGGAAUUCCUGGCUCUCAAGCUCGCGCUGCUGGCACUCACAGUGCUGGAAAGCCAAGGAGCACGAAUUGAGAUUCCCGGCGACAUCAUCAUAGGAGGCCUUUUCCCUGUGCACCACAGGUCUGGCCGCAGCGGUUGCGGCCCCAUAAACGGCGAGCGUGGCGUUCAGAGACUGGAAGCCAUGUUAUUUGCCUUAGACCGAAUCAAUCAAGACCCGUCUUUGCUCGGCGGAAUAUCACUCGGAGCAACGAUACUGGAUACUUGUUCGAGCGGCGAGCACGCACUGAAGCAGACGCUGCAGUUCGUCGAUCCACCGGUUGACACGGGAAGAUUCAAGUGCGCCGACGGGUCGCUGCCCAGUCUAGAUAAGGAGAAGCAGAAAAUUGCGGGUAUAAUCGGCGGUUCCUAUAGCGAGGUUUCCCAGAAAGUGGCCCGUUUACUAAGUCUCUUUCACAUGCCCCAGAUCAGCCCGGCAUCCACGGCCAGCUCAUUGGGUGACAAGACCCGUUACGACCUAUUCGCGAGGACCGUUCCCCCGGACACACUGCAGGCGCACGUCAUGGCAGAUAUCGUCCACUACUUCAACUGGACGUACGUGUCCCUCGUGACGUCCGAAGGCGCGUACGGCGAGUCCGGCAUGACGUCAUUUCUGAGAGACGCCAAGAGGGGUAACUUCUGCGUCGCAGUCGUAGAAGUAGUGCCUCGUCUGACGGACGAGGCUACCUUCGAUGCCAUUCUCCGAAGUUUACUGCGCCGACCACAGGCGCGUGUCGUAGCUCUAUUCACGCACGGCGAGGAUUCGCGCGCUCUCUUGGCAGCCGCCAAACGAGCUAACGUCAGCAGUCAUUUUGUCUGGUUGGCCAGCGACGGGUGGGGCACGCAGGCCCAGAUCGUCGAAGGUCUGGAGGACCAAGCCGAAGGUGCCAUCACUAUCGAGCUCGACUCCAGGGUUAUUCCUGAAUACGACGCGUACAUGAAGAACCUCACAGUGGACAACAACAAGCGUAACCCUUGGUUCAGGGAGUACUGGGAGGACGUGUUUCAGUGCAGCGUUGAACCUUCGCAGCAGAACAACACGUCGGUGGCUUGCUCGGAUUCUUUGCGUCUCCACGAAUCCGCCGGAUACCGUCAAGGUGCUAAAAUACAGUUCGUAGUGGAUGCAGUGUACGCUUUAGCGCAUGCUCUGGAUGAGGCCUCGAAACAACUUUGUCGGGGACAAAAUGAAAGCUACUGCGAGGCAUUCCGCAACCUCGAUGGCGAGAGCCUCUACAUGAAUUACCUCUUGAACACUACUUUCGAAGAUCUCGUUGGCAGUGUGGUUCGUUUCGAUCAGCUCGGUGAUGGCCUGGUCCCUUACCGUAUCUACAACUACCGGCGCCUGGAUAACAGCUCCAUCAACGGCUACAUUCCGAUCGGCCGCUGGGAGCCGUACACACUGCACCUGGACUCCGAGAAAGUCUUGUGGCCCACUCAAGAUGGCGAGCCGCCAGUGUCGGCAUGCAGCUCCGACUGCGCCGUGGGCCAGAUCAAGGUCCUCUCGCCGGACAGCAAGUGCUGCUGGCUGUGCGCCGCGUGUGGGCCCCUAAAGACAGUAAUAGACGAGUUUACCUGCGCCACUUGAAAUCUCGGUGUUCUGAACCUUACCAGUAGCAAAGAACAAGGAAUGUUCGCUCAAGCAGUGAUGGUUCCUAACACCUUAUUCUUAAAGGGACAAUAAAGACAGACGUCAUUUUA